GCGACACGGAGGCAUGGAUUAAAAAGCGAGAGAAGCGAAUCACUUCGCUUUUAAAGAAUAAAUAGAGAAGGGGGAGGGGGAGCAUAAAAAAUAAUAAAACAACACAAGGGAAAGUGUGUGAGAGGAAAAAGAUUUUUUUUCCCUUCAGUGUGUGUGGUUGUUUGACAGGAAUGGUAACCGUUAACUAAGGGUUCAGGGCAGCUCCGUGAGUGAGUGAGCCGGGCUUCGGUGGCGUGUGUGUGGAACUAGGAUCUCAGUCACGGGCCGCCCUGUUGAGGGCGGAGUUUGCAUUUUAUAUAUAUAUUUUUUCCUUCCCUUAAACUCUGACACGUCUGCAGUGAGUGAGUGGCAUUGGCAGUCUGUCAAUCCCUUACCAAAGCGGCCAUCAAAACAUAAAGAGUUGGCUCGUAAAUUGAUCUGGCUUUCACUGCUGGGGCAGUGCAAAUAAUUUUUAUGAUCUUUUUCUUUUUUAUUAUUUCCCUUCUGCCUUUUGAAGAGGCAGCUACUUUUACUUGAUCUUGUUUCUAUAGAUAUUUUUAUGAUCUUGGAUUUUGCUUUUUAAUUAUUUUUCGCUCAUCCACACGCAGCGUACCGGCUCUUGUAGCUUUUUUUUACUAUAUUGUGUUUUUGUAUUUUUUGUUAAAAAAGGGGGAAUUAUAGACAAGUUUGUAAAAGGAAUUGAAAGCACCUCAAAGCAACUGUCCCUGUCUUCUUCGGCUCCGGUGGUACCUGUGCUAGUUUCAUUUCUUCUGUGUUACUGCUGCGGCAGAGUAUGGACGAUCAAUCCAGGAUGAUGCAGACUCAUCCCGGUGUAAGCUUGGCUGGACACUCGGUACAGGGGGGCAUGGGUUUGCCUCCACAUGUGCAAGGACAUGAAGGUGCAGACGGCGACGGAAGAAAGCAAGACAUCGGGGAUAUCCUUCAUCAGAUCAUGACCAUCACUGACCAGAGUCUGGACGAAGCACAAGCAAAGAAACACGCGUUAAAUUGCCACAGAAUGAAGCCAGCCUUGUUUAGCGUCCUGUGCGAAAUAAAAGAGAAAACAGGUCUCAGUAUUCGAGGUGCACAGGAGGAGGAACCACCGGAUCCCCAGUUGAUGAGACUUGACAACAUGUUGCUGGCAGAAGGGGUUUCUGGACCAGAGAAAGGUGGCGGGGCAGCAGCGGCAGCAGCAGCAGCAGCAGCAUCUGGAGGAUCGGGAUCGGACAAUACUGCAGAACACUCGGACUACAGAGCCAAAUUAUCCCAGAUCAGACAGAUAUACCACACAGAGCUUGAAAAAUAUGAACAGGCAUGUAAUGAGUUCACUACACAUGUGAUGAACCUUCUACGAGAACAGAGCCGGACACGUCCAAUUUCACCAAAGGAGAUUGAAAGGAUGGUUAGCAUCAUCCAUCGAAAGUUCAGUUCGAUUCAAAUGCAGCUAAAACAGAGCACGUGUGAAGCGGUCAUGAUCCUGCGGUCACGAUUUCUUGAUGCCAGACGAAAGCGACGCAAUUUCAGCAAACAAGCAACAGAAGUCUUGAAUGAGUAUUUUUACUCACACCUCAGCAAUCCCUACCCCAGUGAAGAAGCCAAAGAAGAGCUGGCAAAGAAGUGCAGUAUCACUGUAUCACAGGUAUCAAACUGGUUUGGCAACAAACGGAUCAGGUACAAGAAGAACAUUGGAAAGUUCCAAGAAGAAGCCAACCUAUAUGCUGCAAAAACUGCCGUAAAUGCUGCACAUGCUGUGGCAGCUGCCGUCCAAAACAGCCAAGCAAACUCUCCUACUACACCCACCUCCGGUUCUUCUGGUUCUUUUAACCUACCAAAUUCUGGGGACAUGUUCAUGAACAUGCAGAAUCUGAAUGGGGAUUCUUACCAAGGGUCCCAAGUCGGAGCCAAUGUGCAAUCACAGGUGGAUUCCCUGCGUCAUGUUAUCAAUCAGACGGGCGGAUACAGUGAUGGUCUUGGAGGGAAUUCACUGUACAGUCCACACAGUUUGAGCGUAAGGAACACUUUUAUUUCUGUGUCCGUAGAAGAAAAAGAAAAGCUAAAGCCCUGCCAGUGCUAAUGGAGGAUGGCAAGAUGCAACUACUCCAUCUUCUGUGACUUCACCAACAGAAGGACCUGGAAGUGUGCACUCUGAUACCUCUAACUGAUCUCCUCGCAACAUCCAUUCCCUGAGCCAAUAGGCCUUGAUUAGCACUGACCAGUAGGAGAGGAAAGUGGAUUUUCUGUCGCCCAGUCACCUGCUGCUUUACUGUAAAACCCUGUUCUUUAGUCGGAAAAAAAAAGUAAUUAACAUACAAUUCAUAUUUAAGAAGAGGAACACUUGGUUCUCAUUGAAAAGAACCAUAUUAAUUCCAUUAUGUAUAGCACAGUCUUACCUUAUUCAGUUAAUGAAUGAGACAAAGACCUAAACAUGCCUAGUGUUUUCUGACUUAAAGUGGAACAAAAAGUGAUUUUUUUAAUGGGAAUGCACAAAGGGUGAAAACAUGUUUUUGAAGAUUUAUAUGUG